AUGCCCACAUUUUCCAAUGUCAGAGACAAACUGUUCCGGAAAUCCUCAGGUCGCUCUGAAAAGCAGCCAUCUCCUUCUCGGGACAUUACUCACACCAACCCAUACACCAGCGGUAAUCCAACAUUACUAGUAUCAUCAUAUGACGAUGCUCCUCCCGAGUACACUCCUUCCCCAACCACCACACCACAACACCCAGCCUCAAUCCCCAGAGAAAUAUCCGACAAUGACCGCUACGCAAAUCUCGGAAACUUCGACACAAUCCUGCUCAUCGACGACUCCGGCUCCAUGGCCGGCAGUCUCUGGAAAGAAGCAGAAGCAGCUCUAAAGUCUAUCGCCGAAAUCAUCACCAAAUACGACGAGGACGGCAUCGACAUAUACUUCCUGAACCACAAGUCCAAAAACGAGUCCGGCAAAAGCCACAAACUCAACGGCGGGUACUACAACGUGACUAGCCAACGAAAAGUUGAGCAAAUAUUCAGCUCUGUACGCCCUCGCGGCGCUACACCCACAGGAAUGAGACUCGAGGAUAUACUGCGGCCGUACAGAAAACAAUUACGGACGGCUAAUGACGUGUCUGACGUAAAGCCCAUUAACUUGAUUGUUAUUACGGACGGGGAACCAACCGAUAAUCCUAGACAGGCAAUCGUCCCGGCGGCAAGGGAGUUGGAGCAACUUUACGCGCCGUCGUAUCAAAUUGGUAUUCAGUUCUUUCAGAUUGGUUCAUCUAAGGAUGCGACACGGGCUCUGAGGGAAUUAGAUGAUGGGCUGAAGGAGGAGGGGAUAAGGGAUAUUGUUGAUACGACGCCUUGUCAGUGGGCGGAUGAGCGGGCGGGAAGGGUGUCGGCUCUUACUGGUGAUGCGAUUCUUAAGGCUGUACUUGGUGCUGUUGAUAAGAGGAUUGACAGUAUGGAGAUUGGACGCAGGAGAUAA